CCGGGAUUCCCACGCUCAGCUUUAGGUCCGAUUUAUUCAUUUUAAUUACGGAUAGUCUGGGGAGGAGUGUGCGCGGGGCUGCGCAGCGGCGUCGCCGGGGCCAGAGCAUCUCGCGGGCACCCCCGGGAGCGGCGACACCGCCCCGCCGCCGGAGCGGCGGCACUUUCACUUUCAGAAGGGACACGUGAUUUUCAGGAAAACGAGAGGGCCGGAUAAAAGAUCGGGAAGGAGGCAGUCGCCUCCGCGCCGAGGGCACGGCACAGCACGGCACGGCGGCUCUGCGGACCCGGCACCAUGGCAGCACCGGAGAAGGAAGGGGAAGCCCAGAAGCUGCGGUUCGGACAGUGGCUGCUGGACGCCAUCAACAGCGGGAGCUAUCGGGGGCUGCGCUGGAUCGACUCUGCCCACACCAUCUUCCGCGUCCCCUGGAAGCACAACGCCAGGAAGGACAUCACCAGCAGUGACCUGGAGGUCUUCAAGGCCUGGGCAAAGGUCAGUGGGCGGUAUGAGGAAGGCUCCGAGGACCCGGCCAAGUGGAAGACCAACUUCCGCUGUGCCCUGAGCAGCACCCGCUUGUUCAAGCUGGAACAGGACCAUUCCAAGCGUGGUGAUGACCCCCACAAGGUCUUCUCCAUUGUCUCAGCCACCCUCCAGGACAGCAAAGAGGGAAAUUCCAGCAUCCCCAACCCUGUGGUGGACCAGCAGGCAGCACAACAGCAGCUGCAGCUGGAGCUCCACCCCCAAGACAUGGCCUCAGCCAUUGCUGUCCCAGGAAGCACAGACCCCACAGAGCUUCUGGAGGAGCUGCUGCAGCAGUGUGACAUCUCUUCUGGCAACCUUGGCUCGCUGGCCCCAUCCUGGGUACCCGCAGAUGGUUUCCCUGCCAGUGACACUUCCCACCAGGACAUUGUACUCCAGCCUCACCAGGACACCCUGAUCCAGCCUCACCAGGAGCCCCUGUUCCAGCCUUUCUCAGACACCAGCCAAAACAGCUGCUUUCCUCUCACGACAUUUCCACAAUGGGUGCCCACGGUGGAGCAGCCCACCUUGGACACCUACCCGCCAACGGGCCUCAUGCCACCAGAGGAGACAGGGGCCAUGCCACCGCCGUGCCACCUGACGAAGGGCACAGUCCCCAUGCAGUAUGUGCCGGGCGCGACGUUGUUCGUGCCCGCUGCCAGCCCCGUGCCACAGCCACGGCUGCUGCUGGAUAACACAGAUGGCAUUGUCUCCAUCCUGGAUGUCACCAUCUACUACCGGGGGAAGGAGUUCCACCGCGAGGUGGUUGGGGGCAGCCACUGCCUGCUGACGUACCAGCCCCCCAGCCUGCUGGGGGCCCCGUGCCCCUGGCAUGUGGUACACUUCCCCAGCCCCGCCAGCCUGGCUGACGGCAAGCAACGGCGCAUCACCGAGGAGCUGCUGGGCAUCGCGGGGCUGCAGCUGGAGCAACGCGCCUACAAGGUCUUUGCCACCCGCCGGGAGAAGUGCAAGGUGUUUUGGGCCUUGUCCCAGCAGCUUGAGGGGGUUGAGGAGCCCCCACCCAACCUGCUCUGCCGAGACCAGGAAACACCCAUCUUCGACUUCCAUGAGUUUUGCACAGAGCUGAGGGACUUCCGCAACGGCCAAAGGCGGCGAUCCCCUGACUUCACCAUCUACCUCUGCUUUGGGCAGGCCUUCUCCAAGGCCAAACCUAAGGAGUCCAAGCUCAUCCUGGUCAAGCUAGUGCCCAAGUUCUGUGAGUACUACUACGAGCAGGUGCUGCAGGAGGGAGCCUCCUCCCUGGACAGCCACACCAUCAGCCUGCAGCUCUCCAACUCCUUUGACCUCAUGGAGCUCAUCGAGCAGUACAACAUGCAGCUGGGCUGAGCCCCCCUGCCCCGCUCCCCAUGGCCCCGGCACAGACAGCAGGACCACUGGGCAUCCCAGGCUCUGCAAACCAGCACCCCCCAACCCGAGGACAACUUCAUUGACCAGUCCUAGAGCUCACACUGCUUUUCAUCUUGUGCUUUUCCUUUCUGUCAGCUUCUAGUGUGUGUUUUUGUGGAGGGUGGUCAUUUACAGAUUUAUUUUCUUAAUUUUUCCAAGUUAAAAUAUAUAUAUAUAUAGGAACAUA